CAGACCUCCCUCUCCAGCUCCAAUCGCUCUGUAACUCAGCAGUCACACAUACUCCCAGCUGCUGUGCCUUACACUUCUCCCAAAGUCUUCUGCAGCAGCGCUCUUAGGGCACCAUGUAAACUCCAGGGGGUGACCCCCGACACUUUGACAAUAUUGUCUUCAUUCAAGUAGGUGCCACUUGUUGUGACUUAUGGAUACAAGGAUAAGAGAGGCAAGGAGCAACUACCAGAGCACAAUGGCAGGAUAAACUAAAGAUCAGUUUUAACAGCUUUUCAAGAAACCAACCAGCAACAAUGGGGACACUUAAGCAGACGAACCCAACUGAGGAACUGGGCUCUAGAGGACUGCAUUCAAAGAGUAUGCAUACUUUCCAUGGUGCCCACACUAUCAUGAUGGACUACACCAAGCUGGUGGGGGUCCAAGUGAUUCUCAUUGCAGCCUACUCUUUAAUUAUCCUCUUGGGAUUGGUUGGGAAUUCCCUGGUAAUAUACAUGAUCGUGAAGUAUAAAAAUAUGCGAACUGUGACCAAUUUCUUUAUUGCCAACUUGGCAAUUGCAGACCUUAUGGUGGAUAGUUUCUGCCUGCCAUUUACUUUGGUGUAUACCCUCAUGGACGAAUGGAAAUUCGGGUCAGUUUUGUGCCAUCUAUUUCCUUAUGCUCAAGCCAUGAGUGUCAAUGUCUCUACCCUUACCUUGAUAGUCAUUGCAUUGGAUAGAUACUGGUGCAUUGUUUUCCACCUAAACAGCCGGAUCUCUAAGAAUCUCAGUUUUCUCAUUAUCAGCAUCACGUGGAUCACUGCUGCCAUCUUGGCAAUUCCCCUGGCUGUUUUUAGGGAAUUCCGAUAUGAGGACCUGCCACCCUUCAAUUUAAAGAUAGCAGUGUGUGCUGAAAACUGGACUAACAGGGAUUCCACCAUAUAUAGCUUGUCCAUGUUGAUUCUACAGUAUGCCUUGCCACUUGCUGUCAUUUGUUAUGCCUAUCUCAGAAUAUGGUUUAAAUUAAAGAACCAUAUCAGCCCAACAACCAGAAGUGAGAGCCAGCAGAGAAGAAAGAAUACCACCAAAAUGCUAGUGAUGAUGGUUGUAGUGUUUGCUGUGUGCUGGCUCCCCUUUCAUAUCUUCCAGUUGGCGAUCGAUCUGGAGUGGACUGUAGCAAUUCAUGAGAAUAAGCUCCUUUAUACGAUUUUCCAUGUCGUUGCCAUGUGUUCCACCUUUGUCAACCCCUUUCUUUAUGGCUGGAUGAACAAGAACUACAGACAUGGCUUCCUGACUUUUUUUGGUUGCAAGGAUACACUUCAGAACAGCCAACCAGACGGAUCACUGAGAGGCCACUCCUACACAUUUCGUCCUACUACCUUUCAUGGAAGCAUUAAACAUGCUUGUGAAAAUGGAAACCCACCCACGCACGUGUAACUGUGGCCCUCACCAACGCAUAUAACUCAACAUAUCCAACCACUGUGUAGUGACGGCAGCAGGAACUACUUUAAAGGAUACAGACUCUGAAACCCCUAUAAAAAGAGAAAUGGGGAACAAACAUGCACAUUUUAAAGAGGUUCAACUGUGCAAACAACACAUACAGGUUUAUGUAUGUUUCCACACUUACAGUACAUGAAAGUUAAAACACUUAAGGUUGUAUAUUUUAAUUUUCCAGAAACACUGGGGACUAACAUAUCAUUCUAUCCAGGUCUAAUCCUCUUCCGGUCUGUCUUUCGGACCACUGGUUGGUUGCUAUGGUCAGGGCUUGGGACCUUAGCAAACAGUGAACAAUUCAGAUGAAUGAAGCAACUUAAAUUCUAUACUGUUCUGCUGAAUAUUAAAACAAUAACACAGUAAUUUUAAUUAGGAAGUAUGAACUAAGUAACAGGGGCAAAUUUGGCACCAGUUUCAUUAACCCUUAGCAGAUAACCAGAAGGUAGUACUGACAGUCUGCCUGUGCCUAUGAUUACAUUUUCCUUUAUAUGGCUGUUCCGACUGGAGCUGGCACUGACAUUGGAAGUGAGAAUAUUACAUGGCCUUGAUUACUACCUAUAUAAUGUAUUAGCCUAUACAUGGAUAGAUUCCAUUUUUAACAACAUAAGAUUCUCAAGAUAAAUAGUUUCAUUUACAUGUAAGAAAUCUAAGUGCUUAAAUCUAACAGACCAAGUCAGUUUAACCAAUUGUUUCUUUGAAUUACUGGUUUGCACCAUUACAUUGGAAGAAUUCUGAAUGUUUCAUUACGUGUGUCGGAGGUGUGUUUUAACAAGUUGCACAACGGAUUGUCCCUUUUGGCCUGAUCGGCCAAUCGGAAUCACUGGUUUGGGGAAAGUCUUCCUCCCUCUCCAACCACAAAGAUAUUUGCUUCAAUGAUUACAAUCACCACUAACGAUAGCGUAUGGGCAUUCAGCAAAAGAACAUGUUUUAUAGGGUACUGAGCAACCAUUUAACUAGUCCAGAAUAUAUUUUCAAACAAAAGAGAUUGGUUGUAUAUAGUUACUUAAGGGUUGUUAUUAGAUAUUCAAGACUCCGUAUCCAGGCAGUCACAUUUAGAAAGGCAGCCCAUAAAGAGCAUAAAUGGAAUGACAGAAAAUAGUGUUAUACAAGCAGGAACAUUACUACAAUCAGCAAACCUAAAAGGUCAUUAAAGAAUAAGUAAACCUUUUUUCUGUCUAUUAAAUGACUCUAAACAGGCCCCAGAUUAACCUGCCUUAGUCCCUGCAUUCGAUCCAAUCUGGUUCCUGAAUUAUAAGUUAAAAGGAAAUAGCCAGAGUAGGACAUUUUGCUAAAAGGUGUGCCAAAGAGACACUGACAUGCAUGUUUGUAUAGCUUUAUAUAGUGCUACCGGUAUACACAACUUUUUUCAUUUUAUAGCUGCUUUUGUUGUUUAUAAGUGCUUGGCUUUGGGUUUCCCAGUAAGUGCUGUUCUGCCUACAUGCACAAUGGAAAGCCUGUCAAUCAUGGCGCUGGGCAAAACAGUUGUCCUAAGUCAGUCAUGCAUUCAGCUGGACCGUGACAUGUGCCUGUGAAUAUAAAGCAUUUUAUAAAUGCAACUUGUGCCGAGAACUCAAAACUUAAUUUGAAUCUGCCCUUGACUCCCCCCCCCCCGUUUAUUUUAAAAUAAGGAAAAAACAGGUGACACAGGCUCACUGCAAUGCUGAAAACAAACGGGCCAUAGGCCUCACUUCAGUUGUAUUUAUUUCUCUAGAAAUAUGCCAGUAACUGAAAUUAGAACAUUGAACCAACCAAAUGAAAGCAGUAUAGAAACUUACUAAUGUUCUUGAUGGCAAAUGCAAGAGGUAAAAAGGGAAAAAGAGCUUACAGUCUAGAAGGAGAAAGGGGUAUGAAACACAAGGAGUGGGGCAUAUAGCGCACACUGAAGCUAUGCAAGCCUAUACGAGGGUAAGUUUCUCUAAAGAAAUGUAUUUUAAGAGCUCUUUAAAGGGGAACUCCAGCUUCUGAACCAAAAUUUGUAAACGAGCCCCCACAACAUGAAAACCCCCUAAUAUACCUAUCAUUGUAAUCUAUUCCUUCAAAAGGUAGGAAUAAAUACUAUUUUAUAUGCUG